CUCUUCCAAUAUCCGGCCAUGGGCCACUUACCCCCCUCCCCUCUGAAACGCUCAAAGUUUUGUAAACUUCUUCCCUCCGCGCAAGCCCGCCCCUUGCAUUGGCAGCGCCGCCCCUCUUCUGCGUUCUGCUGCCUCCUCCCCAUAAAGGAGCAAAACAACAGCUAUCGAGGAGUUGUUGUAGAGCCCGAUGCUUGUGGAAUCAGCGACUUCUUCCCACCAAAGGCUUUUCGCUCUCUCUGUGCAAGUAGCAUGGCAAAGCCAGGCUCUCCGUCUCCCGCGCCUCCCUCCCCGCUGAAAGGCGGGCGCUCCCCUGCAGUCAAAGCUGGCGGUAUGAGAGUUUCCAAGAAGCUAGAAAAUGCUCCUGUUGAAAGAAGUCCCAAAAUGCCUGGGAAAGAGAAGGCGAGCUCUGUUAAUAUCGCAAAAAUGCAAAGCAUGAGAGCCUUGCUGGCAGACACGUUAGAGAAACUUAGGCAUAAAUUUCCAGCAACAGCCUCACAUGUAGCACAUCAAAAGCCCCGGCCGACUCUGGAGAAGAUUAUACUGCCGAAAAGAAUGUGCAUUAUUCAACAGCCACGGAAAUGUUAAAGAUGUAGAGUAAAAUAUUCAUAUAUUAGACAGGCUUGCUCUUAACAAAACAGCACUUAGCUAAGCAAGCAGUAAAUGGACCAAAUGGCUUAGACAGUUUCUACUUUGUAUUUUUCUUGCAAUAAAAACUGUACAUUCA